ACUCCUGGGUGAUGUGGGAGGGCGGUGAGGGGCAGCUGAAAGUUUGCCAAAGUCCUCGCAGGGGCCGGUCUUGGGGACAUGAUUGGCAGCUAGGAGAGAGCCAAGGCUGGAUGCCGAGGAGAGGGAGAAGGCUCUCUGGCGGCUAGAGGUCCUGCCCAGCUGUUGGCGAGGAGUUUCCUGUUUCCCCCGCCCAGCGCCCGGGUAAAGUUGUGAGUCACUCGCGCGCACCGACCGACGACACCCCCGCGCGCGCACACGCUCGGGGCAGGAGCCGGCCUCCUGCGCAGCUCGCCUCGGCCGCCGGGGGCCUCCGCCGGCCUCCAGGCGCCCUCCUCGCUGGCGAGCGGGCACCACAUCUGGCCGGCACAUCUGUCCGGCCCGCCCGGCGCGGGGGUCCAGAGAGGGCGCGGCGCGGAGGCGCAGCCAGGGGUCUGGGAAGGCUCCGUCCGCUGCGCUCUGGGCUCGGUCUAUGACGAGCAGCUGGGUCUGCCAUGGGUCGGGGGCUGCUCAGGGGCCUGUGGCCGCUGCACAUCGUCCUGUGGACGCGCAUCGCCAGCACGAUCCCACCGCAUGUUCAGAAGUCGGUUAACAAUGACAUGAUGGUCACUGAAAACAACGGUGCAGUCAAGCUUCCACAGCUGUGCAAAUUUUGUGACGUGAGAUCUUCCACCUGUGACAACCAGAAAUCCUGCAUGAGCAACUGCAGCAUCACAUCCAUCUGUGAGAAGCCACAUGAAGUCUGUGUGGCCGUGUGGAGGAAGAAUGACGAGAACAUAACACUAGAGACAGUUUGCCACGACCCCAAGCUCACCUACCAUGGAUUCAUUCUGGAAGAUGCUGCUUCUCCAAAGUGUAUUAUGAAGGAAAAAAAAGUGCUUGGCGAGACUUUCUUCAUGUGCUCCUGUAGCUCUGAUGAGUGCAACGACCACAUCAUCUUCUCGGAAGAAUAUACCACCAACAGUCCUGACCUGCUGUUAGUCAUCUUCCAAGUGACAGGCGUUAGCCUCCUGCCACCGCUGGGAAUCGCCAUAGCCGUCAUCAUCACCUUCUACUGUUACCGCGUCCACCGGCAGCAAAAGCUGAGCCCAUCCUGGGAAACCAGCAAGUCCGGGAAGCUCAUAGAGUUUAGCGAGCACUGCGCCAUCAUUCUGGAGGAUGACCGCUCCGACAUCAGCUCCACGUGCGCCAACAACAUCAACCACAACACGGAGCUGCUGCCCAUCGAGCUGGACACCCUGGUGGGGAAAGGCCGCUUCGCCGAGGUCUACAAGGCCAAGUUGAAGCAGAACACUUCAGAGCAGUUUGAGACCGUGGCGGUCAAGAUCUUCCCCUAUGAGGAGUACGCGUCUUGGAAAACCGAGAAGGACAUCUUCUCCGACAUCAACCUGAAGCAUGAGAACAUCCUCCAGUUCCUGACCGCGGAGGAGCGGAAGACAGAGUUGGGCAAACAGUACUGGCUGAUCACCGCUUUCCACGCGAAGGGCAACCUGCAGGAGUACCUCACACGGCACGUCAUCAGCUGGGAAGACCUGCGCAAGCUUGGCAGCUCCCUCUCCCGGGGCAUUGCGCACCUGCACAGUGACCACACCCCCUGCGGGAGGCCCAAGAUGCCCAUUGUGCACAGGGACCUUAAGAGCUCCAAUAUCCUGGUGAAGAACGACCUGACCUGUUGCCUGUGUGACUUUGGGCUCUCCCUGCGGCUGGAUCCUACACUGUCUGUAGAUGACCUGGCUAACAGUGGGCAGGUGGGAACUGCAAGAUACAUGGCCCCAGAAGUCCUAGAAUCCAGGAUGAAUUUGGAGAAUGUUGAAUCCUUUAAGCAGACUGAUGUCUACUCCAUGGCUCUGGUGCUCUGGGAAAUGACAUCUCGCUGUAAUGCGGUGGGAGAAGUGAAAGAUUAUGAGCCUCCCUUCGGUUCCAAAGUGCGGGAGCACCCCUGUGUUGAGAGCAUGAAGGACAAUGUGUUGAGAGACCGAGGACGACCAGAAAUCCCCAGCUUCUGGCUCAAUCAUCAGGGCAUCCAGAUGGUGUGCGAGACGCUGACUGAGUGCUGGGACCACGACCCCGAGGCCCGGCUCACGGCCCAGUGUGUGGCCGAGCGCUUCAGUGAGCUGGAGCACCUGGACAGACUCUCGGGGAGGAGCUGCUCUGAGGAGAAGAUUCCAGAAGACGGCUCACUGAACACUACCAAAUAGCUCGAGUGGAGCAGGGCAGGCUGGGCCAAGUCCAAAGAGGCUGCCCCUCUCACCAAAGAACAGAGGCAGCAGGAAGCUGCCCCUGGACGGAUGCUUCCCAGAAAACCAAGGGCGUCGCUCCCUCCCUAUGAGCUGUGGAUGAGCAGAAAAGCAGCGGCGUCAGGGAGUGGGUGACAGAGAGCAUUCUAUGCCUUUGACGUUGUCAUAGGAUAAGCUGUGUUAGCACUUCCUCAGGAAAUGAGAUUGAUUUUUACAAUAGCCAAUAACAUUUGCACUUUAUUAAUGCCUGUAUAUAAAUAUGGAAUAGCUAUGUUUUAUAUAUAUAUAUAUAUAUCCAUAUAUGUCUAUAUCUAUAUCUAUAGCCAUACUCUGAAAAGAGACGAGGAAAAAGAUCAAAUAUUCCCAGGAAACUGGUUUUAUUGUAGAGCUCCAGAACCGAGCAGAGAAGGAAGGAUCCAUGACAGCAUUGGCACUUGACAAUCACACAGGUGAUGGUUCUCUGACUCUCCACUUGGGGAGCUUUGCAUUAGGAGAGAGGACCCGUGUCUCCGAGCCUGCUUUGGCCACAUUGCACUUGCUUUUGCAAUAAAUAUUCCCCACAUGAGAGUUCUCUUCUGGUCCUGGAGCUGAGUAUACACUUGCACUGUGUUUGGGGAUCAGUGUUCCUGGGGAUCCUGUGUGCCGAUUUUCUCCUGGACUUUUUGAUUGGCAGCCAAAACCUGCAACUGAUUUUGAACCUCCUUCUUCACAACCUAAUAUUAUAGGGGUCAGAUACUCAGACCCCUAUAAUACUUUAAAGGUUAUCCCCAUCUUUCACAGGCUGCAGAAAACAAGAACAAAUUUCUUCCCACCCAGGAUAUUGCCACACCGCCUACUAAAAAGGUAUUUCUUCUUUGUUAAUCUUCCCCCUACACUUGGGCUACUCUUGUCCAUUCCCAAAUUUCAUCCUUUCCUUAAAGCAAAACAAAAACAAUACCCCCAACUCUAGGGCUUUUUUUUUUUUUUUUUUUUUUUUUGGCACACUGGGCUUGAGUCCCCGGCUUCUAUGCAAACACCAAUAGGUUUCAUUUUUCUUGGCUCCCGAAUGCUCUAGCACAUUCUGGUCUAGAAAGGAUUUCAACUCCCCAACACUGUUGCCGUCAGGAUGGUGUCCUCAGGCACUCUGAACAUACGUUUCAUUUGGCCAACAGAGCAUUUUGAAAAGUUGAGCCACUUUUUAAAAAUAUUUGGAGAUUUUGCAGAAAAAUUUGGAUCCCAGGUAAGGAGAUCAGAUGGUUUCCAGUUUUCUCCAGUCCUCAUCAUUUACAGAAAGAAGGUGUGGACUCACUUAAAAAGCUGCUUCUCUUCUCACUGUAAACAUUUGUGCUUUCCACUGUUCCACUUCCCACACAUGCACCCUAGUUAUCAAACCUGCCCCUAAUUAAGAUCCCUUAUAAGGAGUAUGCAUUCAAGCUGUCCUUCUGUCCCUACAUAACAGGGUUUUGACUGUCUUUUCUGGUGUUAAGAUUUGAAGCUUUUACUGGACUAAAGGGGGUCUCCUUUAUGUGGUCCUGGUUAACAGAAGUCUUUUUUUUGCUUCUGUGUUAAAAGUUUUUUUUUUUUUCCUUCUGCAUUAAGAAGGGAAACUCCUUACUCCAGGAAAUUUUCUCGUGAUAACUGCUCUCUGCAUCACACCAGCCUUCAACCCUUUGCAGAAAUUAUUCUUGAGGACUUGAAUGUGGGAUCUAAGAAUCCCAUUUGCAGUUAGGAAAAGCUGGGUCCACGUGGACCUGAGCAAAGAAUGAGCUUUAAUACUCCAUAGGAAACUUGUUAAUCCACAAACAAGUGUUAAUGCUGCAAGUAACAAUCUCUUUUUUAAAACAUGUUUUUGAAGCUACUUAUUUUCAGCCAAAUAGGAAUAUUAGAGAGGAACUGAGAGCAAAUGAGUUCUGUUUGGAUUGUGGAAGCCCUUAUCUCAUUGAGGUUUUAGGGUACACGCUGAAUUGGGGAUGUACUUUCUAGGCACCCUGUUCCAUGUGGGUGGGCUCAGUUAAGGACAACCUGGCUGCAAUAUCAUGGAGGCACCCAGAAAUUCCACUUGCACCUUAGGUCUUGCCGAUGCCAUCCCAAUCGUUGUUGCUCAUUGACCUCUAGUGGUGAAUUUCUAGAAUACUGGUCCAUCCGUGGGAUAUGCCAAGAUUUAAGAGUGUUACCACAUCCAGGUCAUCAGCAUCAUAAACUGGAAUGUAGUAUCAGAUGAUACUGUGGCUUGUUUUGUUUAUUUUUCUUAUACCAGAAAAAAGACCAAGGAAUAACAUUCUGUAGUUCCUAAACAUACUGACAUUCGUUCACUACUAUACUUAAAGGGAAAAGUUUUAUUCUUCUAUGGAACACUUCAGCUGUACUCAUGUAUUAAAAUAGGAAUGUGAAUGCUAGAUACUCUUUUAUAUCAAAAAUCUCAAGCACUUAUUUUCAUUCUAUGCAUUGUUUGUCUUUUAUAUAAAUAAAAUGUUUAUUAGAAUUUAAUAAAGCCAAAAUACUCAGGUGAG